CCUCAGGAGAAUGUUCUGUGCUUGUCACUUAUUUUAAGGUUAAAUUAGAUAUUUGUUUAUGGCAUCGAUGAAAACAUAAAUACUUUGUUGGUGAGGCAAAAGCACAGACUGCCAGAAGAAAACCAAAAAACGAACAAUGGUAAAAAGGACCAAUUUCGUUUUAGCACGCCAAAGGGAAGAUGGGGCCUCUGCUGGUUCUUCAAACCAGCCUACCGAAGAGUUUUCUGUGGAGAAAAUCCUGGAUAAGCGAACCAGGGACGGGAAGAUCGAGUAUUUGCUCAAAUGGAAGGGAUAUAGCGAAGAAGACAACACAUGGGAACCUGAAGAGAACCUGGACUGUCCCGAUCUGAUUGCUGCCUAUGAGUCGCGAUUUGCCCAAACUCUUGCAGACACUGAGGAUAAGAACAAGCGGAAGAACAUCAGCGAGGAUAACAGAGCGCGAGGUUUCGAUAGGGGGCUAGAGCCCCUGAAAAUUGUUGGGGCUACAGACGCAAGCGGCGAGCUCCUCUUUCUCAUGAAGUGGAAAAACUGCAAAGAGGCGGACUUAGUGCCGGCCAGCCAAGUAAAUGUCCGCUGCCCUGAAGUGGUGAUUCACUAUUACGAGAACAAGCAACUGUGGUAUACCAAGGAAACUGUUAUAGAACUGGACUAAUGAUAUUAAAACAUGCCGAUAUAGAGAAAAAGCAAGUAUUUAAUGCUG